AGACUUUGGCACAUCUUUCCCUACUCACUUGUCUGCCCGGCGCUGUGCAGGACACUCGCAUACAGAGACUGAGCUACAUUCCAUAUCCAUACACUGCUGAGCCUGUGUGUUCCUGUGUAUUCCUGUGGAUUGGCUCUGAGCCCCCCUGUGUGCAGGAUAUACCCAAAUAUAACUGUGCUCUUGGGAUUUAUCCCUCACCCUAUUAUUGCGCUGAGGAUACAGAUUUGGGAAUUGACUGUGAGAAGUUCAUCUGAGGAGUAUCACCAGCAAUAGCCAUACUGCGCUAAUUGACCAACAUACUGUUUUAACUUCCCUGGACCCAGAAAUUAAUAAAUACCAGAAGAAGAUUGACUUGAUUUGUUCUCUAUACCCGCAUGUUAUCCCAAGCUGCUACUGGGAACGACGAUGGAUUCAUCUAACAUAAAAGACAAAACCGUGAGAAAACACAUAGAGCACUGCUGCUUCUUGGUAAUUGUUGUCAUUAGAAUGGUGCCAGGUUUUGCCUCCACGGUGGACCCUACACUAAUGCCCAUAGUAAACGAGGAAUAUAUAUCAAGGCAAAGAAUAAUUAACUCACAGUUCAAAUGUUAUGAGAAAAUGAAGAAAGAUUCUCCGUAUUCAAAAUCAGGCUUAUAUUGCAAUCGCACUUGGGAUGGAUGGUUAUGUUGGGAUGAUACACCCGCUGGAAAAAAUGUCACCCAGAAUUGCCCUGACUACUUUCCCGAUUUUGAUCCAACAGAAAAAGCAUCCAAAUACUGUGAUGAGAAUGGAAAUUGGUUCCAGCAUCCUGAAAGCAACCGCACUUGGUCCAACUACACGCUCUGCAAUUCAUUUACCUCCAAGAAGCUGAAGAUGGCCUACAUACUUUACUACAUGGCGAUAGUAGGACAUGCCUUGUCAAUCGUUUCAUUGUUGAUUUCCCUUGGAAUAUUCUUCUAUUUCAAGAGCCUGAGCUGCCAGAGGAUAACGCUGCAUAAAAAUUUGUUUACCUCUUAUGUUUUGAACUCGGUGUUUACAAUUGUCCAUCUUACAGCGGUAGUGCCAGAUACAGAUCUUGUGAGAAGUGAUCCUGUAAGCUGCAAAGUGCUGCAGUUUUUUAGCCAAUACAUGCUGGGAUGUAAUUAUUUCUGGAUGCUUUGUGAAGGAAUAUACCUCCAUACACUGAUAGUGGUGGCAGUUUUUGCAGAAGAACAGCAUUUACAUUGGUAUUAUCUGCUCGGCUGGGGGUUCCCUUUGGUGCCUGCGUCUAUUCAUGCGUUUGCAAGAACAAAGUAUUUUGACGACAACUGUUGGAUGAGCGUGGAAACCCACCUUCUUUAUAUUGUUCAUGGCCCUAUCAUGGCUGCACUACUGGUGAACUUGUUCUUUCUUCUGAAUAUUGUCCUAGUACUUGUAACAAAGUUAAGAGAUACUCACCGGGCAGAAUCCAACAUGUACAUGAAAGCAGUGAGAGCCACCUUAAUCCUAGUGCCCUUAUUAGGAAUCCAGUUUGUCAUCUUCCCAUGGAGACCGGAUACUCGCCUUGCUGGAGAGAUCUAUGACUACAUAAUGCAUAUAUUAAUGCAUUACCAGGGGCUACUUGUUGCAACCAUCUUCUGCUUCUUUAAUGGAGAGGUACAAGGAGCCUUGAAGAGACAAUGGAUGCAAUACAAAACCCAGUGGGGCCAAAGAAGACGAGAACAUUGUUCCAUGCGCUCUACAUCCUAUACUGCAACGUCCAUCACCGAAGUUCCCAUUUAUCUCUAUCAUCAUGAUUCCAAUAGUGAACAAUUAAAUGGGAAGUAUGGAGAGGAGUCAGAAAUCACUGCAUUAAACUCUGGAGAUACAUAUGCUUAAAUCUACCUAUUUGAAGACAGACGAGCUGCUUUCAGAGCUCUUUCAGCUCUGUUCCUUUCUGGAAAUCAAGCCUCCGCCAAAAAUGUCAAAAAGACGGCUACUGAAAGGAUCCACGAUGGUUUAGUAGAGAAAAUAACUUUGAGGUUUAAUGAUAUAGUAGCAAGGGCUGCUGCUUACAGAAACAUUUGUGUGAUGGAGUAGCACUAACUGGCAUUUUGAUAAGCAAUGGGCAGGUCCAGAUACAGUAGAAGGAACCAGAUACAGUAAUUCAUGGACUCUUAUAAAUGGGUAUCCAUAGAAAGCCUUGCAAGUCAGAAAUGCAUUAUUAUGUCAGCCUUGAAUAAGAGUAUAUAUUUUUUCUGCGGGAUGACAAUAUCGACAUGACUCUCUCACACACACACAAACAUAUUUUUAAAGCUUGUCUCGAUUAUUUAAUAUUUAUUAGAUUUGCGAAAGCGGAUAACGAUCUCUCCAUUCAAGUCUUUGUAAAGCACAGUGCACAAUUUGAAGUAUUAGACAUCGGUGCUAGAUGACAGCUAGAACGAAUGGUCUCUGUGAUCAUUUUUUUUCUUUUUUUAGUUCCUUUUGGAUACUUUUAUAAAUGGAUGUUUUUUUUCAUAACAUGUACAGAAGUCAUAAUAUAUGAAUUGUUAAUGGUUAUUAUUACAUGAUAAUUCAUGGCCAUAUCUUAUAAUGAAAUACAACAAAAACAUUUACGACACUUGUUCAGCAAUGAAAAGUUAUAAUUUUAUGAAAUAUCGAGGCUGUGGAAAUACAUGUGUUUUAUUACCUGAAAUCAAUGGAAAUGAUUUGAUGAAUGUGUUUUACUGGCGACUUUUUUGUUCAGAAUUAAAACGAUCCAAGGGAAUAUUUUCCGAAAAAAAGUUUUUCUUCUGCUGGUUGCAAACAGCAAAUAGCUUUUUUUUCAUUAUGUUUGACGAGGAAGCUUUUCAGAGACAUUUUUAUAAUCAAAAUAAACAAAGAUGGUUAUUUUUAUUAAAUGUAUAUAAAUACAGUAUAGAAUUGCUGAAUAUAAAAUGGUGAGAACACAAAUACUAUAUAAAAAUAUUCAGUCAGUGAUAUUUAACUACUGUAUCAUAUGCACCUAAUUUUCAAAGAUUAUAUUUUAAUUUCCAGGUAUUUGUCUUUCAAUUUUCACUCUGGUGUCCAUAUCUCAAGGUUCAUUGCUAUGUCCAAGGGCUAAUCAAAAUGAAUAAUUUAGCUGGUUUCAAUACCAAGUAAAUCUUUGCAAUAGAAUUAUAUUUAUAGAAUGCAUUUAUUUUAAGUAUAUUUUGUGAAAAACAUAUGAAGUAAUGCUCACACAAUGUCAAUUGUUGAAAUAUGAUACGAAUCCAAGCAGAAUGUAUUGUAGUUUCUUAAGCAUCUAAUCCAUUACAAGAUACACAUAGAAUAAUAGAAUAAAAUAAUUAAAGGGAUUAAUAAAGUAAUUAAAAUGAUUUAGUAAUUCUAAGGGGCAGAUUUA